UAAUCUUUGUCUUGUUAGAAUCGUUUAUAGACUUAGAUAAUGGCACAAAGUGAUAAAAGCAAACAAAAUAGAUGGCAAAUCACUCCACUUUCUCCACCACUUGGGGAAAAGGAUCAACAUAUUGUUCCAUUUGGACCUUCCCAGUUGCCAAGUUCUUUUCAGCCCUCCUCUAUCUGGAGUCAGCCAGCUCCUUGGUAUCCAGAGAUACCUCAAAGAAGUCGUUCUUCUUCUAUGAUUCCUUUGCUUCCUCCUAUGUCUGCUUCGUUUUUGGACCAUAAUACACCUGAAGACUAUUUUAGUCAUCAUCCUGUGUCUGUUAAUAAAUCACCAUUUCCAUCUCCACUGUUCCCCCUUUCCUCUUCAACAAAGAACAAUUCUAUUUGGUCUUUUGAUUAUUCUUCUGUCGUACACAACCGAGAUGAAGAACAAAGACGCCAUUCUAUUGCAGUCACACAACAUAUUAGGCCUCCCACCCCACCAUUACAACAAAAUCAACAGCAGCAAAUAGACGAAUACUUUAGUCCUACCACAGCCUGUAUGGAUGUUCAAUAUUUAGGCAAAGGAAUACCCUUAAACGAUCUUCCAGAAGACCAAACUGUAUACCAAGUUGAAUUUAAAGCAAAAUACCGCUCCGAUUAUGCCUAUGUCCAACAAGAUGCUAACCUGUCUUUUUGUCUAAAUGAUAUGGUGAUUGUUGAAGCAGACAGAGGUUAUGAUUUGGGAAAAGUAAUUGGUUUGCUGGAUAAACAUUCAACUCCUGUGGACCAAAUCAAGCGUAUAUUUCGUCAUGCUAAUUCGGCUGAAUUAACCACUUAUGAGCAAAAAGAGCAAGAUGAGCAAAAGGCACUGGCUACUUGCCAAUCAAAAAUCAAGCAGAAGAAUCUAAACAUGGAAGUGGUUGAUGCUGAAUAUCAAUGGGAUAGACGAAAAUUGACUUUUUACUUUAAAGCAACCGAAAGAAUUGAUUUUCGUGAGUUAGUUAGAGAAUUGUUCAAGAUAUACAAGACACGUAUCUGGAUGUGUGCUUACACUGAUAAAUCCAGUGAAAAUAUUAUGUAAUAAAGAGUGUAUUUGAAAAACCGC